CUUCCAAGGGCAAACUAUGGUACUGGUCCUACUGGAGGCGAAGCGGACAAAAUUCAAAAUCUCCCUGAGGACGGUUGCCUUCUAUGAUCGCUUCAAUUUGUGCCGGCACCCCAAGAACCCUUUAACAACGUUGCCUCAAUCCGCAGACGCCCCACCGCAAUUUGCUCGAACAUGUUAUCGGGGUUUCUUUCUGAACUCCGUUGCUUACACAAAGCUAGUCCAAUUCUCAGCAAGAACUGGGUCCCUGAUCCAUGGCAAGCUUGCCCACGCCCACAUGAUUAAAGUCUCCUUCAAGCCAUGCCUAUUUUUGUUGAAUAAUCUUCUCAAUAUGUACUGCAAAUGCAGUGAAAUUGAUAUUGCCCGCCAACUCUUCGACAAAAUGCGUAAACGUGAUGUUAUAUCUUGGAACUUAUUGAUUUCUGGAUAUACCCAGAUAGGUUUUUAUGAUAGAGCAGUGGGUGUAUUUAACGAAGCAAGAACCGCUGGUUUAAAACUUGAUAAAUUCACUUAUUCAUGUGCUUUGAAUGUGUGCGCUCAAACUGGGGAUCUAGAAUUAGGUGAGAUGAUUCAUGGGUUGAUCAUUGCCUGCGGGUUAGGUGCACAAGUUUUUUUGACCAACUCGCUCAUUGACAUGUACUCCAAAUGUGGGCGGGUUGAUCAGGCACGGUUUGUGUUUGAACAUUCUGAUGAGUUGGAUGAUGUCUCUUGGAAUUCCAUUAUUGCCGCUUAUGUUCGAACUGGCGCAAAUGAGGAGAUGCUGAGACUACUGGUAAAAAUGCAUCAGUUGGGAUUGAAUUUAAAUACUUACGUGCUGGGAAGCGUUCUUAAGGCCUGCUCCUUGGACUUCAGUUAUUCUUUAGAAUGUGGAAAAAUGCUUCAUGGCAGCAUUGUCAAAACUGGCAUCAAUAUGGAUAUUGUUGUUGGGACUGCACUGCUUGACAUGUAUGCCAAAAUAGGGGAUUUGCAUGACGCAACCCAAAUAUUUAAGCUCAUGCCUAGUCACAAUGUUGUCACCUAUAAUGCCAUGAUUGCAGGGUUCCUCCAAUCGGAGACUCUUUGUGAAGCAUCGGUGAAUGAAGCCCUAAAUCUUUUUCCUGAGAUGCAACAAAGAGGCAUUAGACCUUCAAAAUUUACAUUCUCAACCAUACUUAAAGCUUGUAAUGAGGUUCAGGAUUUUGAGUAUGGGAAGCAAAUUCAUGCACAGAUAUGCAAGAGCAACCUUCAGGCUGAUGAGUUCAUUGGAACUGCACUUAUUGAAUUGUAUGCUGCGUCAGGUUCAAUUGAUGAUGGUUUAAAGUGUUUUAAUUCGACUCCCAAGUUAGAUAUUGCCUCAUGGACAUCUAUGAUUUCUGGUCAUGUUCAGAAUGGGCUGUUUGAGAAAGCAGUGACUCUGUUUCUUGAACUGCUGGCAUCUGGAAGAAAACCUGAUGAGUUCAUAAUAUCCAGUAUGUUGAGUGCUUGUGCCAAUUUUGCUGCUGCAAGGUCUGGGGAGCAGAUCCAGGGUUAUGCAGUGAAAACUGGAAUUGAGAAUUUUACUAUUAUCCAGAAUUUGCAGAUUUGCAUGUACGCAAAAUCUGGAGACAUAGAUUCCGCUCAACUGACCUUUGAGGAGAUGGAGAAUCCUGAUGUUGUCUCAUGGUCUGUGAUGAUCUGUAGCAAUGCACAACAUGGAUGCGCAAGAGAUGCUCUGAAUCUUUUUGAACUGAUGAAGGGUUUUGAGAUUUCACCAAAUGAUAUUACAUUGCUUGGAGUCCUUACUGCGUGUAGUCAUGGGGGACUUGUCAAGGAAGGAUUACAAUUCUUUGAAAGCUUCAAGAAAAAUCUUGGCAUGACUCCAAAUGUAAAGCAUUCUGCCUCCAUUGUUGACCUUCUAGGCCGUGCUGGAAGACUUGCUGACGCUGAAAAUUUCAUUAUGAACUCGGGCUUUGAGGAUGAUCCUGUAAUGUGGCGGGCCUUGUUGAGUGCUUGCAGGGUCCAUAAGGACACCUUUGCCGGGAAACGUGCUGCAGAGAGAGUGAUUGAGCUUGAACCUCAAGCUGCUGCAUCUUAUGUGCUUCUUUACAACAUAUACAUUGAUGCUGGAGUACAAAUGCCAGCCACCAAAAUAAGGGAAUUAAUGAAAGACCGUGGAGUUAAGAAGGAACCUGGGCUAAGUUGGAUUGAGGUUGGAAACACAGUUCAUUCUUUUGUAGCGGGUGAUCGAUCGCACCCUAAGAGUCAAAUAAUUCUUGCACAGUUAGAAGAAAUGUUGGAGAAGAUAAAGAAGAUAGGUUGCAUCCAUGACAAACUCGUUUCUGAUUCUUCUGAUCUUGAACACAAGGACAACACAGUGGUGAACUACCACAGUGAAAAGUUAGCUGUGUCUUUUGGUAUAAUUAGUUUGCCAGCAAUUGCUCCUGUACGAGUGAUGAAGAACUUGAGAGUUUGCCGUGCUUGCCAUGAGACAGUGAAGCUCUUCUCAAGGGUUGAAAAGAGAGAAAUAAUUCUUAGAGAUCCAAUUCGUUUCCAUCGUUUUAGAGAAGGUUCUUGUUCUUGUGGAGAUUAUUGGUAGGGAUUGAGUUUGGAUAUUUGGAGUACUACGUUAAGAAACAUCUCUUUAUUUUAAAUUCAGGUGGAUGGAACAGUCAUGCCAUUCAAAAAGUCAGAAUUCAUAAUUCAGUAAAACAAGGGAGGUUGGAGCAGGAAAUGAUCUUCAAAGAUACAGAAGUCAUUAUAUUUUAGAUGAUUGAAUACCAAACCUCCCCCCCCCCCCCUCCACGCGGUCCCCCAAACCCCAAAAACAAACCGCAGAAUGAUUGUGGCAUGUUAUUAUGAUGACUACUUGGGACACAUCGCUCAUCAUUUCCAGUAUGGAAAUUUAGGAAACAGGAUUGAUUUCAGCAAGGAAAGUUUCCACCAAUUAUUACUUGCUCUAUUAGGGUUGGGGCAGUGCCUGCUGUCACAGUUGACAAGGUCAAAAGAAAAAUUUUCUGCAAUUUGUAGAAUGUGGAAAAUUUGGUGACUAAUCUUUUCAUGUAGUUUAUUGAAAUUGGAGUUCAUCAAUUUAUCUCGUUAAACUUCCAUCCCAAGCCUCAUUCUGGGAACCUUACUGCUAUUAAGGAAGCUAUGGACCACGUCACCAUCUUAAUUAUCUCAGUUUGAAGCUUAUAUUGUAUCAGGAAACUAGACACUCUUUCCUUCUGUGUUUCUGAAGCAUAUAAGCAUGCAAAUACUUGGUUUCGCUAUUUGCUGGCACAUCUGAGCACAAUUCACACCAAACUACUAAAUGUGUUGCAAUUGCAUGGGAUAAACGUUUGUAUGCAUGAACAGAAUGUUGUCCUGGAAACCCAGUCAGCAUUCGCAGUGCCAUUUACUCGAAUGUGCCAUUUACUCUUUAGCAGCAAUGCCCAUUACACUCCACUCAUUUCCAAAUUAAGGGUUUUAGACACCUCCCAAAUCUUGAGGAUUACACUCCUUUGCCAGGGAUCACGCUCCAUCUUAACAAUGCCUUCGAGGAGGAGAUAGCAAGGGAGGGAUGAGCCACUUUACGGAUCACCAGGUAACCAGGCAUAGAAGCUCAAGGUCGGGGUGUAGAUAUUACAGAUAGUGUAAGUCUUAGUCUAGAUCUAUGUAUAUAAAUAUUUUAAGUUUUUGGAUUAUAGUUCCAUCUUGGGAAAUGGUAUAGUAUUGGUUGAGAGGUAGUACUCUGAAAUGGAUAGCUUUGGAUAGGGACAUUUUUGCUUCCGCAGACAGUGUAUGGGGUAGAUGUAAUAUUUAUAUUAUCAUAUCUCUCUCUCUCUCUCUCUCUCUCUCUCUCUCUCUCUCUCUCUCUCUCUCUCUCUGUUGUUAUUAAAAUGAAAGAAAAAAAAAUAUAUGGGGAAUGUGAUAGUAUGGUAUCAGAGAUGUU